CCUCUCACAAUGCUUCUCAGGUGUGUCAUUCUCUCAGUUCUUUGCAUCGCUGCCACUUCUUUUGUUCUCCCAGUUGUCGACAACUUGGCAGACUGUGCUGCACCAAAUGGAACCGACAAAGUGAUGCACUGGUGGCAGUGCUCAUCUGGACCAGUUCAAUUUUUGAAUGCUACUCCAUACGACUCUACCGGAAAACAAUACGAGUACCCAAUUCAUUUGAGUCAGCCAAUUGUUGUCAAGACUCAAAUCAAUAACCCAACGAGCACAUAUGUGUCGCCAAAUCUUCGUAACACCGUCAAUAUCUGGAAGUAUGGAGGAUGGAACGGAUGCACAUGGAGCUCAAUCCCAACUCUCGGUCUUUUGAAGGACCUUGACGCCUGCGCAAACGGAGUCCCAUGCCCAGUCCGUCCAGGAAACCAAGAACUUGACGUCAUCAUUGACUUCACCAAGUUCGACCAAAUCAUCGCCUUACUCAAGGACAAUCAGCCAUAUCAACUCGAGUACAUCCUUCACGACAACCAAUCCGGAGACACCUCAUGCAUGAUGGUCCAGGCUUGGGCCUUCCUUAAGUAAAAUGCUUUCCCAUUUGGCGAUUGGCUUUAAGAUUUCUAAUUAUAUUUGCACUAUAACACGGGCGUAUAUUUUAACAACAAUAAAAUGUACAUAAUCUUG